AUGCUCCUACGGUUAGCGCUGUUCUUUGUGGUCGCCUGUUUAGCACUUCUAGUUGUUGGCGCAGAAGAUUACUACAAGCUACUAGGCCUCAAGAAAGAUGCCUCAGAUCGCGAGAUUAAGAAGGCAUAUCGAACGCUGAGCAAGAAGUACCACCCAGACAAGAACCCUGGUGACGAUGAGGCGGGCAAGAAGUUCGUCGAGGUAGCUGAAGCCUACGAGAUCCUUAGUGAAAAGGAAACACGGAAGAUCUACGACCAAUACGGCCACGAUGGUAUCCAACAGCACAAGCAAGGCGGCGGUCCACGUCAACACGAUCCCUUCGACCUCUUCUCGCGCUUCUUCGGCGGCUCAGGACACUUUGGACAUCAAGGAGGAGAGCGCCGAGGGCCGAACAUGGAAGUGCGAGUAUCACUGCCACUCCGCGACUUCUACAACGGCCGAAAGACGGAGUUCACAAUCGAGAAACAGGCGAUAUGCUCGGCCUGCGAGGGCUCAGGCUCGGAAGAUGGGCAUGUAGAGACAUGUGGCACAUGCGGUGGACGCGGUGUCAGGAUCCAACGACAACAACUCGCACCCGGCCUAUUCCAGCAAGUACAGAUGCAUUGUGACCAAUGUCACGGCAAAGGAAAGACGAUCAAGCAUCCAUGCCCUGUCUGCAGUGGUAGCAGAGUCAUCCGUGAAGCCGAAACUCACACUCUCGAAAUCGAGAAGGGCAUGCCCAAGGGUGUACGCGUCACCUACGAGAACGAAGCGGAUGAAAGUCCCGAUUACGUUGCCGGCGACCUCAUCGUACACCUCACUGAGGCGGAGCCUGCAAUGGGAGAACAAGAGCACGAGCGCACAGACGGAACCUUCUUCAGAAGACGAGGUAAAGAUCUCUUUUGGCGCGAAGUUCUUUCUCUUCGGGAGGCAUGGAUGGGUGGUUGGACACGUAAUGUCACACAUCUGGACGGCCACAUUGUACAACUUUCACGUAAACGUGGCGAGGUCGUCCAACCCAAUCUCGUUGAGAUCGUCAAAGAAGAAGGUAUGCCAAUAUGGCACCAACACCUCGAGAACAACGAGGGCCUGCAGUUUGGUGACUUGCACGUUGAAUACGUGGUCGUACUACCCGAUCAAAUGGAAAAGAGUAUGGAGAAGGAAUUCUGGAGUGUCUGGGAGAAGUAUCGUGCGAAGAAGGGCGUCAGCAUCGAUGCCGAGUUGAACAGGCCACAGGAACCUAUCAAGAUGCCCGAACCAGAUGCGCACGACGAGUUAUAG